GAGGGGUAUAUAUAUAUAUAUAUAUAUAUAUAUAUAUAUAUAGAGAGAGAGAGAGAGAGAGAGAGAGUGGUAGAGAGACAGGUAGUUAGUGAUGGAGGUGACAGUGAGUGAGGGGGUCCGGUCCCCCCCCCCCUCCCCCUCGGGUGCUGGUAGUAAUUGUACAUUGUUAAAGCUCUGCAGGGGGCUCUGUUGAGACAGUGCUGUUUAGAGGCGUCUCACAAUAGCUCAGCUCAAUCAAAUCCUACAGUAAUGUGCUGUCAAACCCUAAUAAAGCACUGACACUAUCUCACCCAGCUCACGCCUCGCCCGCUUCACAAACUCAGAGCUUCAGCCUCAUUCUUCAGUUUUCAGUACAGUAAUCACAAAUUCAGAAAAAAAGACUGUCAAUUAAAAGAAGCUUUAAUAUGUGACGUGUUCAUCGCAGACAGAAGGAACUCAAGACAUUCAUUCUUCUGCAUCCACACCUGUGUAAAUUAUGCAGCAUGUGGAUUUACAUUGUCUUGUUGAAAUAUUUUAAUCUCAGGCCUUUCCCCUUUGUGCUCUGAAAUCCCUUCUAAUUCCUUGAAUGAUUUAAAGAUGUUAGGUGAUGUGGAAAAAAAAUAAUUACAAUCUUUGUUUGAGGAACAUUGCUUUUUACAUCUCAAUUAUUUUCACAUGGAUUUGUUGAUAAACUGGAAAUUUACUUUCCACCAUUGUUCCUCAAAGACACAUUGGGUACUGCUCCUGUACUAAAUCAUGAUUAAAUUCACCUGUUUGAAAUCACACCAUAACUAACCUUAGAGAGUCUGACUGAGGUUGUGAUUGAGUUUCUGACUGAAAUUCUGAUUGAUGUUCUGAUUGAGUUUCUGACUGAGAUUCUGAUUGAGACUGUGAUUAAGUUUCUGACUGAGAUUGUGAUUGAGUUUCUGACUGAGAUUAUGAUUGAUGUUCUGAUUGAGAUUCUGACUGAGAUUCUGAUUGAGGUUGUGAUUGAGAUUCUGACUGAGAUUCUGAUUGAGGUUGUGAUUAAGUUUCUGACUGAGAUUCUGAUUGAGGUUCUGAUUGAGGUUCUGAUUGAAAUUCUGAUUGAGGUUGUAAUUGAGUCUUUGACUAAGAUUCUGACUGAGGUUGUGAUUGAAGUUCUGAUUGAGAUUCUGAUUGAGUUUCUGACAGAGGUUAUGAUUGAGAUUCUGACUGAGGUUGCGAUUGAGGUUGUGAUUGAGAUUCUAACUGGGGUUCUGACUGAGAUUCUGAUUGAGUUUCUGAAAGAGGUUGUGAUUGAGGUUCUGACUGAGGUUGUGACUGAGAUUCUGAAAGAGGUUGUGAUUGAGGUUCUGACUGAGGUUGUGACUGAGGUUGUGAUUGAGAUUCUGAAAGAGGUUGUGAUUGAGUUUCUGACUGAGGUUGUGAUUGAGAUUCUGAAAGAGGUUGUGAUUGAGUUUCUGACUGAGAUUAUGAUUGAUGUUCUGAUUGAGAUUCUGACUGAGAUUCUGAUUGAGGUUGUGAUUAAGUUUCUGACUGAGAUUCUGAUUGAGGUUCUGAUUGAGGUUCUGAUUGAAAUUCUGAUUGAGGUUGUAAUUGAGUCUUUGACUAAGAUUCUGACUGAGGUUGUGAUUGAAGUUCUGAUUGAGAUUCUGAUUGAGUUUCUGACAGAGGUUAUGAUUGAGAUUCUGACUGAGGUUGCGAUUGAGGUUGCGAUUGAAAUUCUAACUGGGGUUCUGACUGAGAUUCUGAUUGAGUUUCUGACUGAGGUUGUGACUGAGGUUGUGAUUGAGAUUCUGAAAGAGGUUGUGAUUGAGUUUCUGACUGAGGUUGUGACUGAGGUUGUGAUUGAGAUUCUGAAAGAGGUUGUGAUUGAGGUUCUGGCUGAGAUUCUGACUGAGGUUCUAACUGCUGGUGUUUCUGUGCUGUUCUGCAGGAGGAAGUAUAAGAAGACGUCACAGAGAUUGCGGAGUCUGGUGAAGCAGCUGGAGAGAGGCGAGGCGUCCCUCGUCGACUUAAAGAAGAACCUCGAGUAUGCAGCAACUGUGCUUGAAUCCGUCUACAUCGAAGAAACAAGGCGGCUGGUGGACACAGAGGAUGAGCUCAGUGAUAUCCAGUCGGACUCCGUGCCCUCGGAGGUUCGGGAUUGGCUGGCCUCCACCUUCACGCGGCAGAUGGGGCUGAUGCUGAGGAAGACGGAGGAGAAGCCGCGAUUCCGGAGCAUCGUGCAUGCAGUGCAGGCCGGCAUAUUCGUGGAGAGAAUGUACCGGCGGACGUCCAACAUGGUGGGACUGAGCUACCCUGCAUCCGUCAUCACUGUACUUAAGCAUGUAGAUAAGUGGUCGUUUGACGUGUUUGCUCUGAAUGAUGCGAGUGGUGACCAUGCACUGAAAUUCAUCUUCUACGAGCUCCUCACCAGAUAUGACCUCAUCAGCCGAUUCAAGAUUCCCAUCUCGUCUUUAGUGUCGUUCGUGGAGGCUCUGGAGGUGGGCUACAGCAAGCAUAAAAACCCCUACCACAAUCUAAUGCACGCCGCGGACGUCACCCAGACCGUGCAUUACCUGCUGCUAAAGACCGGCAUGGUGCACUGGCUGACUGAGUUGGAGAUUUUCGCUAUGAUCUUCGCCGCAGCCGUGCACGAUUAUGAACACACCGGAACCACAAACAACUUCCACAUCCAGACCAGGUCGGAUACGGCUAUCCUGUACAACGACCGCUCGGUUCUGGAGAGCCACCACGUGAGUGCAGCGUAUCGCCUCCUACAGGACGACGAUGAGAUGAACAUCCUCUACAAUCUCUCCAAAGACGACUGGAGGGAGUUCAGGGCGCUGGUGGUGGAGAUGGUGCUGGCCACGGACAUGUCCUGCCAUUUCCAGCAGGUUAAAGCCAUGAAGAACUUCCUACAGCAGCCAGAGGGCAUUUCUAGCCUCCUACAUCAGCCGGAAGGAAUUGACAAGUCCAAAGCGCUGUCUCUGCUGCUGCACACGGCCGAUAUCAGCCACCCGGCAAAGAACUGGGAGCUCCACCACCGCUGGACCGCCUCACUACUGGAGGAGUUCUUCCUACAGGGCGAUAAGGAGGCGGAGCUUGGACUGCCCUUCUCACCACUGUGUGACCGCAAGUCCACCAUGGUGGCCCAGUCCCAGAUCGGCUUCAUCGACUUCAUCGUGGUUCCCACCUUCACCGUUCUCACGGACAUGACGGAGAAGAUCGUGACCCCUCUGAUCGACGAGGCGGCCCACUCGGGCCUGGCCAACUUUCGCAGGUCAAGUCUGAGCAGCAUCACAGGGGAGGGGAAGCGCAGCAGCAUGAACAGCUCCGCCUCGGAGUCCAGCGCCACCCACAACCUCAUGGCCGUCGACAUCAAGCACUUCAAGGCCAUCUGGAACGAGCAGGUCUACCUGAACCGGGAGAGGUGGAAGGCUCGAGCUGACAAAGAGAUGGAGGAGAAGGUUAAGCGGGAGGCGGAGGAGAAGGCUCAGCUGGAGGCGGCGGCAGCAGCGGGACACGAGGGACACCCGGAGUCAGAGACACAGCAGGCAGAACCAAAGAGCUCCGGGUCGAGUCAGGAUGACCCACAGCCUGGGGGGGUGAGCGGCCCCCCGGAGGAAAGUCCCCACGCCGGAAACCCACAGAGCCAGGAGGACAAACAGCUACACAACGGGGAGGUGUCGGAGGAGCUGGGGUCACCAGGGAGUGAUGAAGGAGGGGACAAAGCAGAGACUGAAGGGGACUAGCCCGGCGUGCUGGUGGACUCAGACUGUGGGCUCGGGCCGCUGUGCUGCUGUACACUCGCCUUCCUGCUCCUCUCCAGUGGCCUGUGGGAUAUUACUGAAGCUCCACAGCGCCCUCUUCUGGAUGCAGCCCCUGCUUAUGAUGAUGUCUGCUUUCCGGCCUUCUGUCUUUUCUUUCUUUUCUUUCUUUUAUUCUCUCCUUCUGUCAAUCGGAAGGCCUGACCAAUCGGCUUGCAGUCUUUCUUCAGAGACUCUGGAGAUGCGUCUGUUGGUUGUCGGUGAACGGAUGGACGUAGGGAUGUCUCGUGAGGAGCACGGGAAGAGGAAGAAGAGGAGGAGGAGGAGAAGGAGGAGGAUGCUGCUGCUUCUUUUUUUCUGGGACUUUUGCAGAGCAGAGCAUGGCAGCUGCUUCACACCCACUGGAUUAUUUCCCGUCAGUUUGUUACCCCUAAAAGAAACUGUUUUUUGGGGGUAUUAAGUGUGUCUUCCUGUAUGUUGAUACUUUUUUCCUGCUCUGUUUUUUUUAUUUGUACAUUAAUUCACUGGUUAAUUUAUUCAUUUGCUUGUCUCAGUGUGUGUCUCAGACUGUGUUUUCCCGUCAGUAGCAGGCCUUUUCUGUUGUAAUGGCUUUUAUUUUAUCAUGUUUUAUUAGAAAAUCACUUUAUUUCACAGCUUCCCCUCAGAUUAGUAGCCUCAAACACAAAAUAUGAUUUUUCAUGCAUGUAUUAAGCAAAAUGAAUCAUUUGCUUAACAAUUACCAUCUUUUUUUGCUUCCUCUAAUGCCUCUUUAAGAGGCAUCUGAUAUCUGAUAUAUUUCUCCUUGAAGAAAAUCUGAUUGCAUGUACAUACAGUAUAUUAUACAGCUCUGGAAAAAAAUAAGAGAGCACUUCAGUUUCUGAAUCAGUUUCUCUGAUUUUGCUAUUUAUAGGUUUAUGUUUGAGUAAAAUGAACAUUGUUGUUUUAUUCUAUAAACUACAGGCAACAUUUCUCCCAAAUUCCAAAUACAAAUAUUAUAAUUUAGAGCAUUUAUUUGCAGAAAAUGAAAAAUGGCUGAAAUAACAAAAAAGAUGCAGAGCUUUUAGACCAAACAAGUUCAUAUUUAUGAAGUUUUAAGAGUUCAGAAAUCAAUAUUUGGUGGAAUAAAUACAGUUUGGUUUUUAAUCACAGUUUUGAUGCAUUUCACCCCUGCACCAGUCUUACACACUGCUUUUGGAUAACUUUAUGCUGCUUUACUCCUGGUGCAAGAAUUCGAGCAGUUCAGUUUGGUUUGAUGUCUUGUGAUCAUCCAUCUUUCUCUUGAUUAUAUUCCAGAGGUUUUCAAUUUGGUAAAAUCAAAGAAACUCAUCAUUUUAAGUGGUCUCUUAUUAUUAUUUUUUUUCCAGAGCUGUAUACUAUAUAUUCUGUACAUUCCCAGACAAAAAAAGUUUUUUUGGACAUACCCUUUAUUAAAGACAUCAUAACUAUGAUAUACAAAAACACAUAUGGAAUCAUAUAGUAAAUAAAAAAAUGUUUUAAAAAAAACUGAAUAUAGUUCAUACAUUAGAUUCUCCAAAGUAGCACCAUUUAUUAUCAUUCUUCUGAAUUGGUUUAUUACAUAAUCCCAUAUUAUUAUUGUUCCAUAAUAAUAGAUUGAUGUCUUAAAAAUUAAUCUAGAAUGUAGAAAAUAAUAAAGCACUAAAUGAUAUAUAUAUAUAUAUAU